AUGGUUAUGGCAACAGCUCUCAUCGAUCGCUUUGCCCCAGUAGAAUUUACAAAUAGUCAUAUAUUCUUGAAGAAAGCCCAUCACCAUGGCGGGCACUUCGAAAAGAACCAACAUGGGCAUAUUUCCCCAAAGCAACUGAUUGGAGAUGCUCUGCGCCACCGCGUGGAGAACAUUGACCAUGAAUAUUGCGAGCCGGGAGACGAGGAUACAUUCUUCGUGGCCGAUCUAGGCGAGGUCUAUCGGCAGCAUCUGCGAUGGAAGUUGAACCUGCCCCGCGUCAAGCCUUUCUAUGCCGUCAAGUGCAACCCGGACCCGAAGGUCCUGCGCCUCCUCGCGGAGCUUGGCACUGGCUUUGACUGCGCCUCCAAGUCGGAGAUCGAGCAGGUUUUGGACAUGGGCGUCGACCCUGAGCGCAUCAUCUACGCACAGCCAUGCAAGACGAACUCUUAUGUCCGCUAUGUGGCGAACAACGGCGUCCGUCAGAUGACCUUCGACAACGCCGACGAGCUUCGCAAGAUUGCAAAGCUCUUCCCUGAUGCGGAACUUUUCCUCCGCAUCCUCACCGACGAUUCAUCCAGCUUAUGCCGUCUGAGCUUGAAGUUUGGCGCUUCUCUCGACACCACCGAUAGCCUCUUGGCUACUGCUCGCGAGUUGGGACUCAAUGUCGUGGGAGUGAGCUUUCACGUUGGAUCAGGGGCUUCCGACCCCAUGGCUUUCCUGAAGGCCGUCCAGGAUGCGCACUUUGUCUUCCAGCAGGCUGCCGUCCAUGGCUUCGACCUCAAGACCCUCGAUGUCGGCGGCGGUUUCUGCCCCGACGCUAGCUUCGAGGACAUGGCUGGCGUGCUCCGCUCCGCCCUGGACGAUUACUUCCCCGCGCACAGCGGCGUCAACCUGAUUGCCGAGCCCGGACGCUACUACGUCUCAUCGGCCUUCACCAUCGCCUGCAACAUCAUUGCGCGCCGCACCAUCGAGGACCCGACCGGCACCAACGGCUCGGCCGCCGAGUCCAGCUACAUGGUGUACGUCAACGACGGGCUGUACGGCAACUUCAGCAGCAUCAUGUUCGACCACCAGCACCCCGUGGCCAAGGUGCUGCGCGCGGGCAACCGCACGUACUACAACACCGAGGCCGCCGGCCCCGCCGCGGGCAGCAGCGGUAGCGGCGGCAACGACGGCACCGUCGAAUACAGCAUCUGGGGCCCGACGUGCGACGGCAUCGACCGCAUCACCGAGAGCAUCCGCUUCGAGCAGACGCUCGACGUCGGCGACUGGCUGUACUUUGAGGACAUGGGCGCCUACACCAAGUGCAGCGCGACCAAGUUCAACGGCUUCAGCGACAGCCACGACGUCAUCUACGUGUGCAGCGAGCCCGGUGCGCUCGCCCUGAUGGGCAUGAGCGUGCUCUGA